AACAUCACGAAAUUGAUGUUUGACGGCCGGAACUUGUACGCACUUUCAGAACAAGAAUACCAGACACAACUUCAACCUCGUCGUACCCUGCACCAACAGAUGAUCGUCAAACAUGGCUUCGUUCGCAAUUGAGGCGGCCGGCGAGGCCAGUCCUCUGACGGAGGCCAAUCUGGUGAACACGAUACAUGCAGCAAGUUCUACGAACCCCCUUCAGGUCCAAUCUGGUACCAAGCAGCUUGCACAAUGGGAAAAGGCGCCCAACUUCUACCGAUACCUCCAAGACAUCUACCUGAACAAGGCUUCCCCCUUUGAGAUUCGUUAUUUGGCCAUCAUCGCUCUCAAAAAUGGCAUCGACAAGUAUUGGCGAAAGACCGCCGUCAACGCUCUUUCCAAGGAAGAGAAGGAGAUCAUUCGAUCGCGGCUGGCAGAAGGCUUCCUCUCCGAGGAAGACAGGCGCCUCGUACCGAUGGCUGGUCUCGUCGUCGCGAAAAUUGCUAGGUACGAAUAUCCCAACGACUGGCCCGACGCCAUAUCGGCAUUCGUCCAGGAGCUGCGCGCUCCACAUGCUCGCAUGGGCAGGGCCAUUCAAGCAUUACUGUACAUCGUCAAGGAGCUCUCCACGGGACGUUUGCAACGAACGAAGCAGUACAUGCAAGCAGCCACGCCCGAGAUCGUGGCUGUGGUGGGUAACAUCUACGUACGCGAGCUGGAAUCGUGGAUGAAUGGAUUGGAAUCGAACCCGGACAACAUGCACCACCACGAAGAUUCGGUGAGUCUGGCGGCGAUCAAACUGCUGAGACGUCUUCUCGUGCUGGGUUAUGAACAUCCCAACCGCAAUGCCGACGUGGUAGCCUUCUGGAAUCUGUCAUUCGACCGACUGUCGGCAUUUGUUGCAAUCAUGAUGAAGAAGAAUAAGGAUGGCCGUUUCCCCGAAAGCACCAUGCUCGCCAUCAGUAAACACGCUCAUCAGCUGGCGAAGCUGCACCACGACAUGGCCAAGGAUCAUCCCGCGGCAUUUGCACUCAUGCCGGCGUCGCUGCAUUUGAUCCAGCGCUACUGGGAUGUCGUCAAAGAUUUCAGCAAAGACUUUGGCGUGAGAAAUAUGAAGGAUGCUACGUGGGAAGUCGGCACGGAGAGUGAAUUACAUAAACCCAAAUCGUACAUUGAGAAGAUCGCUCUGAAGGCACUUCUCAUACUGCGUGCGUGUUCGAAGAUGAUUCACAAUCCGGCACAGACGUUCAAAUACCGCUCGCCCGAGGACAAGGACGAAAAGAGCCGGGCGACAGAACUUCUGCGCGGCACCGUCUUCACCGAGACGUUCAUCCAAGAUGUCAUGGAGACCACAGUCACCGGGUACUUCGUUUUUAGGGAAAGCGACCUACAAGAAUGGCUGGAAGAACCGGAGGAAUGGGAGAAGCGUGAAGACGGCGAUGGAGAGGAUUGGGAAUUCUCGACGCGGUCCUGCGCUGAGAAGCUGUUUUUGGAUCUUGCCAUCAACUACAAGGACAUGAUCGUGGGCCCUCUCCUGCAGGCGUUUGAGAAGGCAGCAGUGCCGGACAACGAUGAUAUUCUUUUCAAGGACUCUGUCUACAGUGCAGUAGGACUUGCUGCCGCUGCUAUCCACCAGCAUCUCGACUUCGACCGCUUCAUCAAUCUGGUGAUGGUGAAAGAGGUGCAGAUUCAGGAACCGGGCUACUACAUCCUCCGGCGUCGAUUCGCCAUUCUCCUAGGACAGUGGAUCUCCGUCAAGAUUUCCGACCAGAGCAAGCCCAUUGUCUAUCAGAUUUUUCAGCAUCUCCUCAACCCAGACGAUUCACUCAACGAUCAAGUGGUGCGUGUGACUGCCGGGCGACAGUUCGCCAAGAUUGCCGACGACUGGGGAUUCGACGCAGCCAUCUUCAUGCCGUACGCGCAGACGAUCCUGACCCAGCUCAUGCUGCUGAUUGGGGAAGUCGAGCAGACCGAGACCAAGAUGGCCAUUCUUAAUACCAUCAGUGUGGUGGUGGAACGGCUCGACUCGCACAUUACCCCUUUUGCGGAUCGCAUCCUGACCCUGCUGCCACCGCUGUGGGAUCAAUCGGGAGAUGAGCAUCUCAUGAAACAAGCGAUUCUGACCAUCCUGACCCGACUGGUCAAUGCCAUGAAGACAGAAUCGCUCCCGCUACAUUCCAUGGUCAUACCCAUCAUCGAGGGUGCCGUCAGACCUGGAUCAGAUACCCACGUCUUCCUGCUGGAAGAUGCGCUCGACCUGUGGCAUGCCGUUCUCAUGCAGACGCCUGAUGGAUCCGUCUCACCCAACCUCUUUAGUCUGGUGCAAUACCUCCUUCCGCUCUUUGAACACGGCACCGAGAACCUGCGAAAGGCCUUUGAGAUUGCAGAGUCAUACUUGCUUGUCAUGCCUCAACACAUGCUGGAAGACCCCAUUCGAUCAGACGUGUUUCGUGCGCUGGGGGAGAUUCUCACAGGUCCCAAGUCAGACGCACAUGGGCUGGUCUGUAGUUUUGUCGAGAUCAGCUUCCGUUUGGUACACGGAGAAGAAAGUUCUGCCUUGCCUCUAGGCCAACACGCCAAUGCUUCUUCACUCAUCAUUGGCACGCUGGCCUCGGCUCAGGAUCCUCAACAGGGGAAUCUGGGCGUCUUCUCUACCCUUCUGAAGGGCUUACGCGGUAGCUGGGCUGCCCACUGCACCACCGGUCCCAACGCACAAGAAGCCCCAGUCGAUGGGAUACUGGAGACAGACUACCUCGCCGUCUUCGCUCGAGCCGUGCUCGGAUCCCCCGAUGGCUUCAUUUCCACCCUCCAAGCAUCCGCCGCCGCUCUCUUCGGCGAGACAGACGUCUCCGCCACACUCAAAUGGCUGCUCGAAGAAUGGACGUCCCACUUCGAGAACAUUGGCGACCCCUCCCGCAAAAAGCUCACAUGCCUCGCUCUCACCCGCCUCCUCGAAACAAACCUCCCCAUCGUCCUCGAAAAUCUCCAAUCUCUCAUGACCAUCUGGACCAGCAUGUUGCUCGAGCUCCGCGAAGAAGAAGCCGAUAUAGGCAGCGACACUUUAGUUUUCAAAGACCAAAACGCCAUCAAUGAAGAAUACGGCCCUGGCACCGCCGAGGAUGUUCGCAGAGCUCGACUCACGACGGGAGAUGUCGUGCACACGAUCAAUCUGCCUCAAUACAUUCAGUAUUGGCUCCAGCGUGCUGUUGCCGCGACGGGUGGAAAUGAUCAGUUUCAGCAGCUGUGGCUGGUGAAUGUUGAUAAGGAGGUUAUUGACGCUUUUAGUAAGCUUGGGGUCAUGUAAAUGUAGAAGCAGGUAGCAGAGCCGCCGACCCGGUUUGUUCUUUCUCUCGGCCAGUCAGGCAUGGUGAUGGUUGUAAUGAAAGAAGAAGAGAAAGAAGAAGAAGAAAAAGAAGACAAUCUGAAACAAACCUCGUCAUUCC